GUGAAAUUGCGUUGCAAAUUCGCGCUUCUUCAUAAUUUUGCUGUGCAAUAAUUACAUGCGUCCAUUUGUGAGCCUAUUAAACAUAUUGUUUGUGACACUACCGUUAUUGUCACUGUAAAUUCUGCGCAUUCAAAGACCUUGUUUAUUGUUAUUGCGACUGUGCGCUGUGCGCUAUACAACUCUAUAUCGUCGACUUCGUGUGAGCAAUGCCUAAGCGUGGCGGAGGUGGCGGUCAGCGUUACAACAACAAUGUUGGCAAUGGUGGUGGCAAUGGUGGCGGCGGUGGAUCGCGUUUCUCUGCGCUGAAAGACUACGACGACGACGAUCAUCAGCGUCGCAAGGAUCGGAACAAGCGUCGCGUCAGCUUCAAGACCUCACAAUUUCCGCACAAAAGCGAUGUUAAGUUGCGGCUUCAAGAUGUGCGUCGUUGGGAUGAGGAUGAUGACAUGAGCGAAAUGACAACCACAGUGAAGGAUCGUCCCAGUUCACGACGUCGCGGCUCACCCAUUCCACGGGGUAAAUUUGGCAAGCUGAUUCCCAAUGCCGCUGGCUGGUAUCAAGUGACGAUACAAAAUGGUCACAUCUAUGACAAGGAAACGCUGCUGCGCGCCUUGUUGGCGGCAAUGUCACCGCACGUGUUUGUGCCACAAUAUUGGCGUUUCGAGCGCAACUGUGCCAUCUUCUUCACGGAUGACUUUGAGGUGGCCGAGCGUAUAAUACAGCUGGGCAGGCAUGCACAGCUCCCGGAUGGUUUUCGUCUGAUGCCACGCGUACGCAAUGGUGUUCCUUUGGUCACCAUCAAUGAGGAGUUCAAGACGAAGAUGAAGGUCGUCAUGGCCAAGAGAUAUAACGUGCAGACCAAGGCACUCGAUCUGUCGCGCUUUCACACCGAUUUGGAUCUGAAGCCCAUAUUUUGCCCGCUAUUCCGGGUGAAUGUCAUGUCGACCGCACUGGAUAUCAUAUGCGAGAACAUUCCUGAUCUGGAGGCCAUCAAUCUCAAUGAUAACAGCAUGUCCACCGUGGAAUCAUUCAAAGGCAUCGAGAAGCGUCUGCCCCAUCUGAAGAUACUUUAUCUGGGCGAUAAUAAGCUUCCAUCGUUGGCGCAUCUGUUGGUCUUUCGCAAUUUACCAAUUGUCGAGCUGGUCUUGCGCAAUAAUCCGUGCCGUUCGCGCUACAAGGAUGCCCAGAAUUUUACCAGCGAAGUACGACGUAAAUUUCCCAAACUAAUGAAGCUGGAUGGGGAAGUGUUGCUGCCCCAGGUGCAUUUCGAUUUAAGUGAAACGACCACGCUGGCACCGGCAAAGGCAUCCUACUUGUGCGACAGCGCCGGCGCUGAGGUUGUCCGCCAAUUUUUGGACCAGUACUUCAUCAUAUUCGAUUCGAAUAAUCGCCAGCCACUGCUGGAUGCAUACCACGAGAAUGCACUCCUCUCCAUGUCAAUGCCCUCGGUCAGCCAGGCGGGCAGAUUGAACAGCUUCUGGAAAUUUAAUCGCAAUCUGCGACGCAUUAUGAACACCGAACGGGACGAUUCGCGUAUGCGUCUAUUGCGUAUGCAUCUAUUGAAGAGUGGCCGAUUAGCCUGCGUCUCCACAUUGGAUGAAUGGCCACGCACGUUGCACGAACGACGCACUUUCACCGUCGAUCUGAACAUCUAUAAUCCGCAAAUGAUGGUGUUCACGGUGACUGGCCUGUUCAAGGAGUUAACCGGCGAUGCUGGCAGCACCACGCCCAUCGCCAUGCAGCCAUACGAGCUGCGUCACUUUGUGCGCACAUUUGUCGUCGUGCCACAGAAUACGGGCUUUUGCAUUCGAAACGAGGCGAUCUUCAUAACCAGCGCAUCGACGGAACAGACGCGUGAAUUUAAGCGAUCGCAGCACCAGCCAGCGCCCGGCGCCGCCAGCUUGACUCCAAUUAGCUCUGCCCUCAACGAGAACUCAAUUCAGGGGCGUCUGCAUCCGGGUGGAUUGGCGGUUGGCGGUGCCGGCGCUGUUGCACUAUUGCCACCGCCGGUCGCUUUAUUGCCACCGCCGGUUGCCACCAUCACCAGCCCAAUUGCAUCGGCGACGGUGACGGCGGCCACAACAGGUCCGCACAGUGAUGCCACCAAAAUGCAAAUGGUGCAGGCCAUGAGUGCGCAGAGCCAAAUGAAUCUGGAUUGGAGCCGCAAAUGCUUGGAGGAGACAAAUUGGGAUUUCAACCAUGCCGCAUUUGUGUUUGAGAAACUCUUCAAGGAAAACAAAAUACCACCAGAGGCCUUUAUUAAGUAAAGGGCCCAUGCCCAAUGGGCAACAACAACCACACCAUAAUCCUAAUAUUAAAAACACACACACACACACAUAUAUUAGCAAAGGGAACGUACACAGGAGGUGGGGGGGGCGUGACAGGGAAGGAGGCGAUUGACCAGCCUACAUCUUGAACUUGAUCAACUGAUAUUUUCAAAUUGAUUGAAGAACCUAACAGUUCGGGUCGCUUCCCUUUUUUGUUUCGCCCCUGCACCCCUCUUGUACGAACAGCUGGGUACGCCCCUGUCUACUAUUAGUCAUUUGUGGAUCACAUAAUCAGCGCUUGUUUAUAAGACUAGCUUAAUUUGUUUUCACACAAUUUACAAGCUCGUUUUAUAAACAAACGCUGAUUGUUUUUACUUCAACUAAUUCAUGGCUUUUAGUUUUUAUACUUUGAUGCCUAAGAUGCAAUAUAUAUAUGCUAUGCAAUGUCCGUCUGUCUAAACGCAACUUUAUUCGAAACUCUUAAAAAUGAGUUCCACAAUCGCGCCACAAUUCCCAAAAGCCUCCAAAGUCUCCCGCAAUUGAAGAGCCACAGUUACCAAACUUGGAAGGAAGGUUACUGGGAAACUCUUCUAGCUGGCAUUACUUAUGGUAUUCAAGUAUUUCCCAGUCGGCCACGCCCGACUGCACCGUUCUCUCUUGUUGUUUAUUUAAAUUAGUAUAAAGAUCAUAUUCUUUAUGGAGUUUACACUCGGACAGAGUCUUGUUAAAACCCGUUUUAAAACUGUCAAAUCAAAUGAGUUAGUAACAAACAAAGCACACAAACAUAUAUUAUAUAUUAUAU